AUGGACUUUACAGAACUGUACAGACAAACGACAUCGCUGGUUGCAUUUAGUCCUGGUGCUCACUUUAUACUAACAGCCGUUCAAGAUAGAAUCAUCGUACGACGAACUGAUACUUUCCAAAUUACGAGAACAUGGCUAGUCGACAGUUCCCCUUCUCCGACGCAAUCUGCUCUCAUAUCUCUCAACUCCAAGCAAAAAUUCCAUACAUCUAAUUCUUCAAAUAUCAAUCCAGAUUCUUGGAUAACACAUGUCGGAUGGUCCUGCGAUUCCGAGUAUAUUUUGGCAGGGUGUGCUAAACGCGGCGUCGUCCAUCUCUUGAAACUACGCGACGAGGAAUGGUCUGGACGAAUUGAUUCUGGUACUGAAGGUAAAUAG